CGCAUUACGUCACGAACAGACGUUUUCCUAUCGAGAGCGGGUUUGGGGGUUUCCGUAGCCGAAUUGAUAGUUUCAAAGCCAGUAUUUGGCUGAUUUUUUGGUCUGUUUUUAUUUUUUAUAAGCAUAUAAAGUCACAUUGUGACUUGAGUUACACACGCAAAUUUGUAGUGGCAGGAUUUGAUCAUCGGAAAGAGGCAAAAUGGGCAAUCAGCGGGGCUAUCCAACCUGCUGUUUCUGUCUUCAUGUUCGGACAGGGUCCAUUUUGAUUGCGUUAUGGCACAUGGUUGGUCAAGUAUGUGCCAUGAUUCUGAUUGCCACCAUGAUCCUGAAGGGUAAUGAUGACAAGACUUCUAGUGGAGAUGGCGGGUCUGUCUUCUCCAUCGAGAACCAGCAUGAUACUUCUGACUACUGUGUUGGGCUGGUCAUCGUGUUUUGCUAUUUCCUCAUUACCAGUAUGAUGAUCAAGGGAGUAGCUCAGUACCAGUCCAGCUACCUGCUGCCCUUCUUCUGCCUGCAGCUGUUUGAUUUCUUCAUUACUUGCUUGACAGCAAUUGGCUUAAUGUCCUACUAUCCUGACUAUGACUACGAGGACAGUGGCAAGUUCCCAUACAACCAGGAGUUCAUGCACUGGAAGGAGCGUCUGCCAGUCAGCAAGUUUGACCUUGACAACCAGUGGUUUGUGCUCAUUGCUCUGGUCCUCUUCCUGGUCAUCAUGAUGGUCAAGGCCUACUGCAUUGCCUGUGUCUGGUCCUGCUACAAGUACAUCCAGUCCCGUGAGACCGGUGACAAUGUGAACUCCAACAACUAUGCCAUGGAUGCUGAGGCUUUGCUUCCAAAGUUGCCAACUUACGAUGAUGCUGUCAAGACUCCAUUGGAGAAACCACCACCAUACGAGGGUUAGACUCAAGUCCUCGUCUCAUGUAAAGGCAUUUAUUCCACAUCUUUUCCUUAGAGGCAUGUUACUUGAAGAGACACCCUGAGCAACGUUGCAUUUGUAACCAUGUCCUCAUGUCCAAAUUUAUCUUUUGCAAUGUCUAUUGCUUUUCAGUCAUUAAAAAUAAAGUGCCUGAUGCCGUCUCUAAGGUUAACAUUUUCCCAGCUGACAAAUUUUUCUCAAAACCACCUGCCUUGAAAUAUGCUACCCAAUACAUUUGAAUAAAAGUAACUGCCUACCAUAGUCAUAAGCAUGGUCCGGAAUGUUCAUUUUGCUGGUAGCAAUGCGACCAUAACACGUACAUUUCGUAGUCAUUUGUGAACCAGCGAAGUGCACUUCCAACAAAAGGAGCCUCUGUUUCUCAGAAUAUUGCGCCCUCCCUUGGUCCAGCUCGGG